CCCAUUUGAUGUAAAUUAACCCCCACCAAGAUCACAAAAAAAUUUAGGGUUUGUAGAGUCGCCUUAUCUCAUCUUUACUUCCCAAAAGUAGGAUCAGCACAAAGAGAGAGAGAGAGAGAGACGACAAUGAAGAAAGGAGAUUCUUGUGUUGAUCGUCUUCCCAAGUUCUUCAGAGUGUACCUACCUAACGACUCCGGAGACGAUCUCGAGAUACCAGUCUCUUUCAGCAGCUAUUUACCAAGCUCUGUUCCUAAGGACGUGACCGUUAGAAGCAUCAACGGAAACGUCUGGAAACUGAAGUUGAGGAAACGUCGUGGUGAUCCUGCGAAGUUCUCGAUGGUGGAUGGGUGGAAGAGGAUCGUCAAGGACGAAGAUCUGAAAGGCGGGGAGUUCUUGGCUUUUGAGUUCGAUGGCUCUCGUCUCUUCGACUUCUGUAUUUACGGCCAAGGAACCUGUAAAAAGCUUGGGAAACCCACAGAGAUCGAAGAAGAUGAAUCUGAUGAUGACGACGAUGACGAUGAUGAUGUCAUUGUUAUUAAUGAUGAAGAUGAUGAUGAUGGUGAUGAUGUUGAGGCCGAUAAUGAUGAUGUUGAGGCCAAUGACGAGGAUGUGGAUGUUAAUGAUGAGGAUCUUGAUGUGGACGAUGGUAUGGAGGCUGAUGAUGAUGAUGAUAGAAAGGUUCUGGAUGAUCCGGAUAGCCCGUCCUUUACUGUGAUCCUAAACCCGAAGAAAAAGAGCCAACUGCUCAUCCCGUCUCACAUUAUGAAAGACUACAACAUACACUUCACUGAGCGUAUAGCUAUCAUCGACCCGCUCGUGGCUAAGUUCGGGACGUUGGAGAGGAAAAUCAAGUUUCAGGAUAACGGAAGUGUGUUCGUCAAGGGAUUUGGAAGUGUCUUCAGAAGGAACAACGUGACAACUGCUGAUAAGAUGGUAAUUGAGGUGAAGAAGAAUGGUAAUAAUGUAGCUCACAUUCUCAAGGUCCACAUUGUUAGGGGAUGAAUGAUGAGUCUCUCCCUCUCGGUUUAUGUAGUCUUUGCAUGUGUUUGUGUUUUAGCACCAUUAUAUGUAAGGAUGCUUUUAUGAUUUCGUUUUAUAGCUAUGGAUUAUGUUGUGAAAGAUGUUUUUAAAUUAACUUUGGUUAAAGACGUUUUCUACAUA